GAUUCUGUCACCAGGUCCCUCACUCGGAGGGCGUGAGUUUUGGCAGCGAUCCGGGCUCCGCAAGCCCUGGCUGUCGAAUCAAAAAAUCAAAACUGCCAAGGAGGGGCCAUAUGAGCAGCGAGUUCGACAGUUGUAUAAUCCUCCGCUUGAUGUCUCUUCUGCCGCGAUGACAGCUCCACGACGUGGUGAGGAAUCGACAUCGACCGCCACGAAGACUGGAUAUUUCGGUGAGACCGUUGACAGCGACGCGUCUAAUGGGCGUCUCGAUGCCACGCGCCACCCAUGGAGAGGGCCAAACGAGGAGCCCUAUGCUCAGCAGUACGCUGGGCAUGCAUCCGCCACGAGCACAGGUGGCACGGGAGCAGGAUAUGUGCCACCUCCACCGGCCGCGAUCGCGAACUAUUCUAGCUAUCCAUCUGCGGCGAAUACAGGCGGCAAGGGAGCGGUAUUCCAGCCGAAGUAUUCCGCGUACUCGAAUGUGGGGCAAUCCCCGACGACCACGAGCACGAGCAAAGGUGACACAGGAGGAGCACAAGCGCCGCCUUAUGCCGGACAGUACUCUAGCCCUCCAUUCACAGCUGGUAGAGGUGCAGUGCAGCUACAGCAAACUCCUCAGCAGGAUACGCCAGCGUAUCAGCAAGCAGCAGGCGAAAACGCAAAGCAGCCGAAAAGGAUCGGAGAUCGUCAGACGUUGAUGGUACAGAGGACCGCACCUGAAUCAAAGCAGCUGAGGAACACGCGAGGUGGUCAGAUGUUGACGCUACAUGGGACUUCACCUGAAAACGGCGUCGAGCG